AUUCAACCAAAAUGUUUUGCUUCAAUUCUGAUUUUUUUGGAGGUAGUUCUGAUUUUUAAAAAUGACAUCACUUUUAUUGUUCUAUAUAUUUGGGUUUGUCUGCUUAUUAGAAAACCGAUAUGUUUCUCCAUGCUCUACUGAAGUGACAUCCGUCUCUUACACACAACAAAGCAGAUGUAUUUGCAGAAUUUGGGGCCAUUGUACAAUGUGGAGAAGUUGGACCGUCAGCACUUACUACCGGUCUAAACGAUGCUGCUCAGGAUAUCACGGCUGGGACUGCUCAACGCCAAUAUGCAACUGCCAACAUGGUGGGACCUGUGUAGCACCAGGUGUGUGUAGAUGUCCUAACGGUUACUCAGGAAAUAGCUGUGAAAAACCAAUUUGUUUCCCGCCAUGUCAACAUGGAUACUGUCGCCGACCACAACAAUGCUCCUGUUACAGAGGUUACUCGGGAGGUCGAUGUGAAACACCUGUCUGUAACCCAUCUUGUCAGCACGGCGGGAGGUGCGUGAGUCCUAACACCUGUCACUGUCCCAAUGGCUACUCUGGACACAGUUGUAAUAUACCUAUUUGUCGACCCUCCUGCAUGAAUGGAGGAACUUGUGAUGGAAACCGAAGAUGUCAAUGUACUCCUCAAUACACAGGUUCAACAUGCACAAUACCGGUUUGCCAACCUAGUUGUCAGAAUGGCGGUACAUGUAUAGCACCAAAUCAAUGUGUUUGUGACGUAACAUACACUGGUCCAACUUGUGCAGUUCCGCUUUGUUCCUACCAUUCGCCGUGUUUCCCUGGUAGCUGUUCUGAUUUUAUACAUUGUCAAUGCAAUUCUGGAUUCACUGGAUCAUACGGACUAAAUCGUUGCAAAACAAUGACAACAGACAUGGUACCUAUCAUUACAAAAUGUUCAUCAUAUCUGGCAUUCAUAGAAAGGACUGGAAAAAGGAGAGAAAUGUACAGGUUUGCAACAGAUUCCUCGAAACCGAACUCUACCGAGAUCGACACGCUGUGGAUUAACCAAAAAAGAUACAACUUUUUCAACGUUCGUUUUUCUGCAAUGUUUACUCCACCUGGAAAUAUGAUGCGUCCAAAUUAUGUUCAGGAGUUCAAAUUAGGCAUUGUCUCGGGCCAGAUUCAAGUAGAUUUAACAAAAGUGGACAGAAAUGAUCCAUCAAAGCAGUUUGUGAGUAUAAACAAAACGACACUCAAUUGUCCUUACAACCCUGGAUCGUUAAACCCAGACACAUCUGUGUAUUGGUGUAAUUUUACAGACAGCAACUUUGACAGACUUUUAGAGCACGGAGAUAAUUUAACUAUAUCUGUGAUUGCAACAAAUGGAGGCUUCCGAAAACUAAAUAAACCAAACUCGCCAGUGCAAGACACAUUUAUUGGACAAAAAUCAACAAAGGCUACAAGGUUUAGGUUUGAUUUUGUGAAACCUCAGCAUUGUAUAACUGACGGUAAAUGUAACCAGACACCAUUCACAGUUCUGCAGGAUAUCACAAAGAGUCAGCUAUCUUUCUCCUGGGAUGGAUGGUCAGAUGAUAUGUCUGGUGUCCAUGGUUUUUCCAUUCAAGAGUUUUUAUUAAAACCUAAUGGAAAUGUACAACCUAAUCUAACUGAGCCUGACCCAUGGCAUGCCAAAAACACGUUCCAACUAGACGUGGACGCUAGAUCGUUUCAUCACACUCCUUCAGAACCAGGAAUGUAUUCAUACAUUUUAAAUGUGAUGGACACUGCAAAUAAUACUGAAUUCGCUAGAAGUCUUGUUUUAUACGACCCGGACUCAACAAUUACACUUGCCAAUAAUUCAUCAAGUUUUACGGUUGCAAGUGGGGUUAAAGAAACAAACUACACGUGGCAAGAUAACCUUGACAGAAGCAUAAAUGCUGUAUGGAAUGGCCAUUUUAGAAAUAAAUUCCAAGAAGACAAUAAGCUCUUGAUCCCUGUAAGCACUUAUAUGAACUAUGAUUUCUAUACAAUGAAGGCUAGAUACGUUUUACCUUUACUGGAUGAUAUGGACGGUAAUAGGACUUUAAAAGGAAUCAAAAACGUCCAUGGCAUCGUACGUUUUGAAUAUGCUCACAGAAACGCUAACCAGGGAACAAACAACCCGUCUGUUUGGUCUGCCGUCGACGACAUUUUUUCUGAGACGCAAACGUUUAACUUGAGCCGAAGAGAUGGAGAUGGCAUUAACAUUUGGGUUAAGGCAACUGAUGUAAUGGGAAACACAAAAAUAGAUAAAACCCAAAUUUAUUUCGAUUCAACGCCUCCACGGCCUUUGACUAAAACGGAUGUUUUAUUUACUCCAAAUACAAAUGUUUCGAAGUACCCGUUUUCAAGUCGUCUUAAAGUGUUGACCCGUGACGAAGAUAGUGGAAUAUAUAGAGUGCACUGGAGGCUGAUCUCAAACAACAGCGGAGUUGUGUUUAAAUCAGGAUACAUUGAAGGAAACAAAUCUAAGUCUGAUCCAGGCUACUCAAAUGGUUACCAAAUUCCUAAGGGAGAAUUCUUUUACAACAGUCAUAUCUUGGAUAUUAACAACUGUUGGAUGGUUGUUACUAAAAAAGAAUUCCAGACGGAAUUUGUGAUGUUGGAGUUGACUGUUUAUAACAUGGCAAUGAAAGCUACGCAUUACAAUCAUACAAUCACAGACUUGGCAUCGCUUUAUGGAAUGGACCAAUAUUCCGGACCGAUGCAUUUACACGUAGCCGCAACGUAUGACAAUGGAGUACGUUUAAAAUGGACUAUAGCCCCAAGCUGCUACAACCGAAAGAAAACAAUCCUUCAGUAUCAAUCAUCUAACGGACAGAAAUUUUCUUUUAAUAUUUCAAAUGACGCCGAUUGGGUGGACUUAACUGGACUGGAUUCAGAUACUAGUUACAAUCUAUCCUUUGUCACAAAAUAUAACGGAGGUGAAGUCAGCGAUCCAGUUCUGUUAUCUUUUAAAACAAAUGAAUCGCCUCCCACUUUAACAGGAGGAGCAAUUGCUGGAAUAGUUAUAGUUAUUCUACUAUUACUUGGUGGUGUGAUUUUCAUGGUAACAAUGUGGCGUAUGGGGCGGCUGUCGAGGAUGAAACAGGGAGUACAAAGACGCGUUACAGUGGUUAGGACAAGGAUCAAUAACCGUUUCUCCUCGGCACACACCAACCCAGCGUAUGAAGAUGAUAUUUACAUAUAUGGUAACAUGGCAAUUAAUGAAACCAAUAGAUGGGUUCUACCUUCAUCAACGAUCGGCAUUGAAUCUCUUAUAACAAGUGGUAGAUUUGCAGACAUAUACAAAGCUAUGUACAGACCUAAAGGCAACAAUGAACGGAAAGGAAUAGUGGUUGCUAAGAUAUUGAAAAGCGGCUAUUCUGAGGAAAAUGCCCUAACGAUGAGAGCUAAAAUAAAUUUCUUUGGAACGGAAGUUGGAGAACAUCAAAACAUCCUCUUGUUUAUUGGGGCUGUUAUUGACAACAAUGCAAUGGGGCCAUAUAUGAUCCUGGAAUAUUGUGAAAAGGGUCAGUUACGCAACUGGCUAAUGCAACAGAAAAAUUCAACUUCAGAAGACACGAUAGAGCAGCUGUAUCGCAUUAUUUAUGGCAUAUCUAAGGGAAUGUGCCAUCUAGAGACCAAGAAGAUUGUACAUAAGAAGUUAGCAGCCAGAAAUAUUUUGCUAACUGAUGAACUCGAGCCAAAGAUUUGCGGAUUUGGACCUGAGCCAAAUCAGAAAGAAAACAAUGACGCCGACGGGAAUGUUAAAUCUGAUGACAAGGAGCGUAUUCCUCUAAAAUGGACAGCCCCUGAGUGCCUGACAACCAUGAGAGAUGCCACCACCAAAAGCGAUGUGUGGUCUUUUGGUAUCGUUGUCUGGGAAAUCUUUAGCUUUGGAGAAAGUCCAUAUCCAGGUAUACGAAGUCGGCAAAUAAAAGAGGAAAUCAAAAACGGAUAUAGGAUGAAAAGACCCGAAUUUGCAAAUGAUUUUUAUUACAAACUGAUGCAACACUGUUGGCAAGCCAAACCGAAGCAGAGACCAACAUUUAAAGAAAUCAUGGGAGACAUUGGGAAAACCUUCAGUUCUGCCCCAUCAGACGAAUACUAUUAUUACUCUGAAAAGUAAAACAAGUCCCUUGAUUUUCGCCUUGCAAUCAUGGAAAGGAUUUAUUUUUAAGAUGACUUCUUAAUGACUCCUUUUUUAAGAAACACGAAAAUAUUGAAUUUAUAAAUCGAUACUCCAGACACUGUUUUGGAAAAAAAACCCAUUUUUUUUUUAAAAACGAUAUAUAGAAUUUAAACUGUGAUGCAAGAAUAACAAACAAAUACAUUUCGAGAGCUUGAUAAAAAAUACAUGUUAGUCUUCCAUAACUUCUCAAAUUUGUUUUGAAAGAAAUAUAUACUUAGACAAAAAACCGCAUGGUGUUAUCAAUUUAUCAAUUGUUGAUAAUUGCGUCAAAAAAUAAACUUUAAAUUGAUGAUUAAAUAUUAAGGAAUAUACAUACAUUCUCAUAAGCACAGUAGUUGAAUAUGAUGAUUUCUUAGAUAAAGCUGGGCACAAGAAAUAAAA